ACCCAAAGACAUCGUUGUUUUUCGGAUUCGCUGACAAAAAAAAAAGAAAAUAAUCGAAAAAUCGCAUCGACAGAAAAACUGACAGUUUUUUUUAAUUCGUGUCGCGCCGCGAUCUGUGAACAAAAAGAAAAUAUUUACACAAAGCCGAAUCAUAACAAAAAUUAAACAAAAGGUUUGCAUGUUUUAAAUAAAUUAUUAAAUAUUAUUGUUGUGUUCAGGCGAUUACGUUACAAGCUCGCAAUCGCAUCGAUAAAAGCAAAUAAAGGAAAAUAGUGAAGUAAAAAAGAUAAAGUUUUGUGGAAAUUUUUAAACUGAAAUAGAAAACGCAGCAGAGAUGGAGUCACCUGGGCCGCAACCUCAAAUAGAAAGUUUUUCUAAUCUACUUGUAGAGGAUGAAAACAGAAAACAAAAAAUCGACUUACAGAAGUUGUUUACGCCCUCGACUGACUUUGAGGAGAUCAAACCCGGCAAGAAUCGUAAAUUGUAUGCGUCGUCGGCAUUUUGGGCGCCUGGCGUGCAUCCCACGGUCGAAGAUCAAGUUGAGCUCGCUCGCCGAAUAUCACAUUCGCUCAGUGACAUCAGCAAUCAACGUUCCAAGGGUCAGUCCAUGUACAUAAAUCGCAAAAAGCGCUCCGUCAAGUGGGUUCACACGGAUGGCAAUCAAAACGAGGAGACAUAUUCGUACACGGACACAAGCAAUCGCGUGAACGAUCACGAAGAACGCUCGGAACAAACAGAAAUCACAAGCAGCGGACCAAAAAAGGUGCCUUUGAAGUUGGUAAUGAACCCCCAAGGUACCCCCAAGGACUUUUCGUCGUUACAAAAGUCGGAAACGAUGCCCAUUUUGUCGCCUGAACCGAUUAUCAGUGCAUUGAAGACUCCUAAAGAGAAGGGAGCUGAAUUAUUUGCCAAGCGACGCAAAAAGUCCGACAAAUGGAUCAUUGACGACGAAAAUCCAGAAAAACGUACGACAACGCAGUCACAAAAUUAUAUAAACACAAGUACAUCCGUGCAAGAGUCGUAUAACGAGAGUGCAAAGAAGAUUGAGGAAGCAAUUGAGACAAUUUCACAAUCGAUUAACGAUAUGACGCCCAUAAGUAACAAUACGCCAGCUCCGGAUCAGCAAAGGAAGCUUGAUACGCCGGCGUCGUAUGUAGCAACGAGCUUGGUCUCACAAUCCCCAACGAUCAUCCCAUAUCCGCGAUACCAAGGAUUGGCAUACAAACCAUCGAUUCCCCAAGGCUGGAACGCUCCUCCAAUCAAACUCUCCAUCGAAUUAGAAGAACCUUUCGAGGACGAAACGCCCAUAAAACUCUUCAGAAAAUCAUCCGUAAAAGCUGCGGAUGACGAGAACAAAGAAAAUGAAAUCCCCGACGACGACACGAGCCUCAAAGAAGAACUUUUGAAGGACGAACAAGAAAUUCUCGAGAUUUACGAAGACCUUGAUCGACAUUUGAAAUUAAUUGACGACGAUCAUCGCAAAUCGCUCUGCGAGUCUGUGGAAACGUCAAAUUCGCGUCGUGAAUCUGUGAAUUUCCCCGAUCCUCCGAAGCCGCCAGAGAUUCCUGUUUUUAAGCCGAUUAACGUGUUGAAAAUUUUGAAUGAACCGCCUCCGCCGUUGCCCGAGUUGCAAUUCAAUUUGGAAGUUGACGACGAAUCCGGGACAAAAAGUACGAAAGAAGGCACUGCUGAGGAGGAGGGAGACGAAGAAGAUCCGGAUUAUCCGAAAAUUUCGGUGAAAGAAUUGAUUCAUACGUUUGAAAAUGUUCAGCAUCAGCAAAAAGUUCACGUGCGAGAAAUUGACCGGAUGAUCAAGGAACCGAGCACGGAAACGGAGAGUUCUGAAGUCCCCAAAUACUUGCCUCUUUUCACGGGGCAACAACAACCGACAGUUCCUGCUGUUCCUGAGCCACCGAAGAUGCCCGAAGAGCUUCCAAAGUCAUUUGCGCCGAUAUUUGCUCCCGUCGUACCGCGCUUGGAGAAGUCCAAAUCAGUUCCUGACUUGCUAAAGGCGCCUCCAGCGAUGCCAAUUCCCGAAUUUACGCCCGUUGAGCAAAGACCAACGCAUGAAAUUGUAACAAAAGCACACGAAAGUCUCGAUAUUGUCAAUAAAUUGAUCGAAAAGCACGAGAAUCGGAUCAAAGAGAGUCAAUGUGAUGUCGUACCAAUGCCUAAAAAUGUGUUUAAUGUUGUAACUAAGAACAGUUUUAACAAUCACGUCGGUGAAAGACAAGGUAAUGGAUAUCCUGAACCAAUCCCGGAGCCUCCAAAACCCGUUGAACCGCCAAAGCCAUAUGAAUUGACGAUCCCCGUGAAACGCGAUGCCUUGAGCAACAUCUCCCCGUUGCCUUUCAUCCAAAAUCCUUCGCCGCUUCCCACGGGAGUCACUGUUAAAUUGCCCGAACCUGAGCCGCCAAAGAAGCCCGAUUUCUCGUACGAAGCAUUCUUACACAAUUCGCCGCCCGAAGAAUAUAACAUCCCCGAAGCACCCAAACCGCUCGACUUGUCGAGUCUAAUGAGUUACAAUACGGCACCGCGUGGAUGGGGCGCCGCCAAGGAAUAUUACAGGCCCGUGCAUCUCGGACAAAAAUACGAUAACAUGGUCUAUUCUGAUUUCUAAAAAAUUUGAAUGGAAAUUUAUUUUAAAUAUUUAACUGGAAAUAUUGUCGUUAUUUGUUACUUUAUACGUUUUUAUCACACAUUAUUUUUGUAAAAGAAAAAAAAUUCUUUGUAAAAUAUUAUUUAUUAAUUUUUAAUUAAAACGAAAAAUAUUCAACCAAUUUCGUAUACUAUCGCGGAAGGGUCACUUACGUGUUUGUGUCCUAAUUUUUUUUAUACGUGUAAGUUUUUGCCUUUUUCUUAUAUUUUGGAUCAGAUAUUAAAUGUUAAAUUGAAAAAAAUAGUUUUAAAACUAAUAAAUUAUUGUAAAUUAUUUUAUGAAGCCAUGGAGUGUUUUUUUAUUAUUGAUAAACCCGAAAAAUUGAUGUUAU